CAUCAACGAUAAAUCGCAAUCCGAGAACGUCUUUCCAGGGCUCCAACGCCGACACGACACAGACUGCGCGACCUCGCUCUUCGUAACCGCCACGCCCGCGCGAGUAUGCCAGCGGCGCCGGCGCCGAUAGCUUUGGUCUAGAACUCGACAGCUUGCAUGCCGCGCCGCCCUCGGAAAACCAAUGCUCGAAAGAACGGCCGCCAGCCUGGAAUCGUGCAACCUCCAGCGCGUCCUGCCCAAGGCGAGCCGCCCGUAUAAGCGAGGUAGACGCCUCCACACGGGCUUCUGGCAGCAUGGUGCUUCGGCAAUAGAGCUCUUCAAUAUCUGGCCGCUGCCGCCGCCUGCCGCGGCUGCCACGGCUGCCGAGGCUGCGGGUGGCGAUGCUGGGCCUGCCCGGACGAGCUUGAUCGCCUCUGCGUUCCUGCUCGACUUUUUGUACCCAAACGGCACAUAUGCGCUUCUCCGACGGCUAUAUCCAUCGAUGCCACGGCCGCAGGACGGCAGAAAAGCGGUUGGCUCCUCACGAAGGCAAAAUUUCACAUCGUCAACCUUUGCCGUCAGUUCAGAACCCCAAGCGCCUGCCGCAGGAACCGAAGCGCCCCAGACUCUCCCCAGCCACUCGCACGCUUCUUCGGCCCUAGAUGAAGGAGCUCUGCAACAAGCCGGGACGAGCCACGGAAUGGCGGGAUAUGUCCCCGAUGCGGAGGCGCCGCGCCGAACAGCCUCGACCUCGGAAACACAAGAAAGCGCGUCACAAGAGACAGAUACGACGAGCACCCCCCAAUUCGAGCUCGGCUCGAAACCCCAGACGUUAGAGGAAUUGCUCUCCCGGCCAGGUGAAGAACGAUUCCACGAUGUGUGGGAUCUAUACAGCAGGCAAGAUGAUGACCAGCGGCAAACCCUUCGGCACCCGGUCAUCAUCUAUCUUUCGCGGUCCACGAACAUUGUCGAAAUCGGAAGGGUGUUGUCCCUGUUCCACCAAUUGCCGGUGGACUCCUGGGACAACGAGCUGCAGGCUGCUGGAGUGCUCGCGCUCAUGCGCUCCGGCGACGUCAACCUUGCCAUUGAGCGGUUCGAGGCUGGCUCAGCGCUCAAAGGUCUUAGUGGCGGUAUUGAAUAUCUCAUCUCAUAUCUGCUUGAAAAUCGCCAAUGGCCGAUGCUGUUGAAGGUUUGGCUGGACUACUUUAAGGCGGGCACCGCCGAGAAAGGUAUCAAACUGCGCCAGCUUGAAAGGGUACCGGACCUCUGGAAGCCAUAUCUUGCCCUUGAACGAUACAUUGAGAUCGAGUCUUCGGGUAAACUUCGUUCCAUCAAUCUCCAUGCCAAAACCAGGCUGGGUUUGUCAACUCUACGACGACAUUUAGCCGAGGCAGCGUUGCAACCGCCCUGCCCGCCAAAACAGGCCGCCGCCAUUCUUAAUAUUUGGGCCGACAAGGAAAUGUAUGAGGACUAUUUCGUGCAUACGAUACGCCGCUGGAGAAAUGGGCGGGAGUCCAGAAACAACCUCGUUGCGCUACCAGAUAUGUAUAAGACCUACCGAGCGCUGACAGGUGCGAAGCCACCUGUGCCGCUCCUUCGUCUCUUAUUCGAACUCUACUUCCCGACGGACGUUGCUGGUCUUGAGGAGGUCUAUCGUGACUGGCAUCGUGCCUGGGGAGACCUCGACCAGUGGGGGUUCGAAAAGUUUCUCAAGUUCUACGCCAAAGCAGGAGACAUCAACGCGGUCAAGGAUCUGUGGGCGCGAUAUGUGGCUCGCUAUCCCGACGUUUUACAUUCUCCCCGGGCUUUCCGAAGCACCAUGAAUGUUUAUGCGCAGACGGGGGACGUGGCUGCGGCCGAGACGGAGUUUCGGCUGAUGAAGGAGAAGUACGGAGUCACGCCAGACAUUGACACAUGGAACAUGCUGUUGAAAUGUUAUGUACGGGCCGAUGACUUCACUCGUGUCAUCCAAUGCUUUGAGGAGAUUGAUCCUGCCCUUCAUCCGGAUUCAUUCACGUAUGCCCACGUGAUGACGAUGGCAUCAAAAAGAGGAGACCUCGAAACGACGUUAGAGUUCUUCAACCGCUCUCAAAAAGAUCGCGUUCCAGUAUCCAAAGAGAUGGCAAUGGCGCUCGUUAUGGCGUAUUGUUUUAACAAUCGGAUAACGGAUGCCGAAAUCAUCUGCUCCGAGCUUGCCAAGCGCAAAGCGACAACCACGGCUGUAUGGAACAAGCUUCUCUACCAUAAUGGGGUGCGUGGCAACCUUGACAAGUGCUACGAACUGCUCCGGGCGAUGAAGACACACGAUAUUGAGUGGGAUAGCGGGACAUACGAAUUUCUCCUCGAAGCCCUGGUGCGGGUCGACCAGGUACAUCCGGCUUUUCAUCUGCUACAGAAGGCACGUAAGAACAAGCUUUUCCCUGUUCGUCCCGAGCAUUUCACGGUGGUGAUGACCGGCGCUCUGCGCACCGGAGACCAGGCCCUCGUUGAGACCAUCGAAUCACAGAUGCGGCAGGCUGGACAACCGCUGUCCUUCAAAGCCCACGUUGCGCUGGUGGAUGCUGCUAUCCGGCGGCACCCGAGAACAAUGCGGACUCGCAAGCUGGGUAGAGAGAUUGUCCAGCGCCUGCGGGCCAUGCUCCCCGUGACUGUGGCGAGAGGCUCCCGCGACGUCGCCGACGAACCACCGACCAACACGCCUCAGGGGCUUAUGGAACUGAGAAUGCAGACACGCGGUAUCGGACGGGCUAUCAGGCUGCUCGUCGAGCUCCGGGAAUUCGCCACAGCCGAGGAGCUGAUCAACGUGUACGCAGAGGUAUUUCCAAAGUACCGAGGCGAGGUGGCGUUCCCGCCAGUGGUCGCUGCUGCCUUGAUGUUGGCCUACCUCAAGGACGAGCAAUUCGAGCACGUUUACAAGAUGUGGCAGCAGACCUGGGCCAGCACGCUGGCCAGGAGCCGACGGAUACAUGGCGGCAUCUACCCGGCGCACGAGUAUGAUCUCGACUGGGCACUGAACGUGGUGGUCAAGGCCUACAGGGAGGCCAACGACGGGCAUGGGCUGCUCGACUGUGUCAAACAGGUGACGGGUGCAGGGUUCAAGCUGACGCACAACAACUGGAACCUCGUGGUGCAGUACCUGGCCGAGACGGGCCAGUGGGAGCACGCCAUGGAGUGGUGUGAGGACAUGCUCAUGCCCCGAUGGCGCGGGUGGACGACCGAGGCCAGCGACCUUCAAACGCGUCGCGAAUUCAAGAGCAGACGCGUGUUGGUGGCGUCCAAGGCCACUGUCCUCAGCCUCCAGAAAGAAUGGAUCAAGCUCCGCAACGUGGCCGCCUGGUCGGGCCGGAUCUCCCACAAGCUGGAGCAGAUAGAGCUUCGCUGCCCGAGGCUGCACCACGCGUUCCUCACCUCCGAUUUCGGGAACCUACCCGGCAAGUGGACAGGAGCUCGCGUGGAAAAGAGCCUCAGCAGCGCCACCAGGGAGUUGCUCCGCAUCUUCCCAUACAAGGAGGCCAAUGCCAUGAAGAACUACCUGGAUCGGGAGCUCCGCCGCGUCGAGAACCUCUUGAAACAGCGGCGCGCCAGCCGUUCCGGCGCAAGUACCACCGCCAGCGGCGACGACGACGGCGACGGCGCCACGGCCCAGUCUUCGUCGUUAUCGUCGUCGCCACCACUGCCCCCACCCGGAGAGGACGUGACGCAGACCCAAGCCGCCCGCCAGGCCGAACUGGAUAUAGACCGCCUGAACGCUGUGAUCUCGGAGAAGACGGGCAAUCUGCAGGAUGCAUCAUGAUUCCUACGAAAUCAACACAAGAAGAGAGACCCUCGCCACCUCCCCUCUCGAAGCUGCCGUGGGGACGUUCCGAUGACGCAAAUGGAGAGAGCGAGAAAGAUCGAAUACACGUCACCCCGGACCGGAGGGACGUAGACCUCGGCGCAAUUGUAUAGAACACCCGAUUCCCUUGCUAUUUAUCGCCAUGUAUAUUGUACAAUACGAGUGUAAAACACGAUGACGGGAGUGGCAGACAAGUCUCCCAGGUGUUCAUAUUGAAGAGAAGUAGGAGUCAUUGCAAAGUUCGAAUAGAUGUCAAGGCUAUCAGAAAGUCAAGUCGCCCUCCCUCGUCCGUCAAGCAGAUGUCUCCCACAUGUAUCAGUCACCCCACUGCCUGUCACUUGCCUGCGAAUAACAAAGCCAAAAGUCGGUCCAAACGUCGCUCGCGCCUAGGCGCCUCGCUGCUAGCGGAGGCUACGUGGAAGCUUGUAUGUAGCCAGGUAAUAGAAGUCAAUUCUCGCCAACCCGAGUCUAUGG